AUGGCUGAACAGAAUCGUGGUGGUCGUGGACGGCGGGCUCGUGGUGGUCGGGGACGUGGAAUCGUUCCUGAAGCAGAUGAACAACCGCGUCUAAGAGACCAACGAGACGUAGAGAUUGAAGAACAGAGAAGGCGAAUCCAGGAUUUGGAGCGACAACUUGCGGAGGCGAGAUUGGACGUUCAAUCCGAAGAAGGAGCGGAAUCUGAGGAUCAAACCGAUGAUGAAGAGGAGGAUGUCAACCCUUUCGGGGUUCCCAACCAGGGACGGAAUCAAGGAGUACGAUCCGGAAAUCAGCCCUCUUCUCGUAAUUUCGGGAUGAAGAUCGAGAUUCCUGAAUUUCAAGGUAAAGCUCAUCCCGAUGAGUUUAUUGAUUGGUUACAUACAGUAGAGAGGAUCUUUGAUAUUAAGGAUCCGACUCAAGAGCAGAAAGUAAAAUUAGUGGCUAUUAGGCUACGAAAGCAUGCAUCGAUAUGGUGGGAGCAUGUGAAAAGGCAAAGAGCUAGAGAGGGGAAAUCAAAAGUGAAUCGCUGGGAUAAGAUGAAAAAAUUGUUGCAAAAGAAAUUUUUACCUACUCAUUAUAGGCAGGAGGCGUUUAUUGAGUAUCACAAUGUUAAGCAACGAGAUUUAACAGUUGAGCAAUAUACCGAGGAGUUCGAUCGAUUGCGGAUGCGUUGUGAUGUAGCCGAGGAAGACGAGCAAACAAUUGCUCGAUAUUUGCGAGUGGCUGCGGAAGGACAACAGUUCCAAACUCCAGAAUCGGUGGUCGGCAAAGAAUCCCGAGGAAAAGCGGAAUUUCCUCAACCAAUUCGACACCAACCGCAGCUUAAGGGUGCGAAUUCUAAACCCGCAUCCAAGGAAGGGCAAAGUAGUGCUGGAAUUAAUAGGGGAGGAGCUACAGCCAAGCGAUGUUUCAAGUGCCGGGGACUCGGGCAUUUUGCUGCCGAUUGUCCGAACGCACGCAUUGUAACGCUAGUUGAUAAUCCAACCGUUGAUGAAGAUCCGGUUUAUGACGAAGCCGAUGAAGGACAAGAGGAUGUGGAUCUAGAUCGGGAUGACAUUAUCUAUGCCGAUUCCGGUGAGUCACUAGUUGUUAGAAGAAUUUUGAAUGUUGCUGUGGCGAAAGAUGAAUUGUGGCUUAGGCAUAAUAUCUUUCAUACCAAGUGCACUAGUGGGGGAAAAGUAUGCAGCAUGAUAAUAGACGGAGGGAGUUGCGAGAAUGUGGUGUCCACUACCAUGGUGGAGAAGUUGGGGCUGAAAACAGAAGAUCACCCUCAACCAUACAAGCUGUCGUGGCUUAGGAAAGGGAAUGAGGUAAAGGUGAGCAAGAGGUGUCUUGUGCAAUUUUCGAUUGGGAAAAGGUAUUCCGAUGAGAUGUGGUGUGAUGUAGUCUCGAUGGACGCUUGUCAUAUUUUGUUGGGAAGACCGUGGCGGUUCGACAGGAAGACACAAGAUGACGGCUUCAGGAAUACCUACACCUUCAAGAAGGAUGGUCGGACUAUUACCCUAGGUCCUUCAGAUUUGAGAAAGGAGGUGAAGAAUAAUUUGCUGUCCAGGUCAGAGUUCCAGGAAGAGGCAAUAAACGCGCCCGAACUUUUUGCCAUUGUGGUGAUGGAGCAGAAUUUUGAUAGUCCCGAAAUUCCCACUCAAGUUCCGCCUUUGCUUGAGGAGUUUGCUGAUGUCGUGCCAGGAGAGAUGCCACCGGGGUUACCGCCCAUGAGAGACAUUCAGCAUUGUAUUGAUUUUAUUCCGGGAGCUGUUAUUCCUAAUAAAACAACUUACAGGAUGAGUCCUAAGGAACAUGAGGAGCUGCAAAGGCAAGUGCAAGAGCUGUUAGAGAAAGGAGCAAUCCGAGAGAGCAUGAGUCCUUGUGCAAGGCCGGCUUUAUUGGUUCCUAAGAAAGAUGGGUCGUGGAGAAUGUGCAUAGAUAGCAGAGCUGUUAACAAAAUUACAAUCAAGUAUCGAUUUCCUAUCCCGCGGUUUGAUGAUUUGAUUGAUCAGUUGCAUGGGGUGACUAUCUUUUCGAAAAUAGACUUGAGAAGUGGAUAUCAUCAGAUUAGGAUGCGACACGGGGAUGAGUGGAAAACGGCGUUUAAGACUAGAGAUGGUCCGUAUGAGUGGAUGGUGAUGCCUUUCGGAUUGUCUAACGCGCCGAGCACUUUCAUGAGGCCGAUGAAUCAGGUUUUUCGUCCUUUUAUUGGCCAAUUUGUUGUCAUUUAUUUUGAUGAUAUUUUGGUUUAUAGUGCUUCGAUUGAGCAACACUUGCAGCACUUGAGAAAAGUAUUUGAGGUCUUGAGAGAGCAGAAAUUGUAUACCAACACCAAGAAGUGUCACUUUUUAGCCGAUGAAGUGACUUUUUUGGGUUAUAUUAUAUCGAAGGAAGGCAUUCGGAUGGAUCCAGUUAAGAUCGAGGCCAUUACGACUUGGGAGACUCCGAAAAAUAUUCAUGAGGUGCGUAGCUUUCACGGGUUAGCGUCCUUUUAUCGGAGGUUUAUUCGGGAUUUCAGCACCAUUAUUGCCCCUCUUACGGAUUGUCCGAAGGGAAGCAGAUUUGUGUGGACCAAAGAGGCAGAUGCUGCAUUUCAGUUAUUAAAGAAAAGGAUGACUGAAGCUCUAGUUUUAGUGCUUCCAGAUUUUACCGAGGUUUUUGAGGUGGAUUGUGAUGCCUCGGGCGUUGGUGUUGGGGGUGUCCCGAGCCAGAAGAAUAAACCCGUGGCGUUCUUCAAGGAGAAGUUGAACGAUGCGAAGAGGAGGUAA